AUGGCAACAUCUAGCCUCAACCGCGUGUCCCCGAACAUGACUGUUGGAUAUUCCUUCCUCGUAUGGCCUAUCAGAGCCUCAAACCUUGAUGUGAUUGGUUUUCAGGAGGUUAGGGCAGAUCAAAACCCGAGCUUCCCCAGUCGGCGACGUCAAACCCAGGUCGAUGAACUCCAGGAGCUCUUGCUGCCCGAAUACAAGUGGUCCACAUUCCAGCUUGGUCAUGACAUGCAUUCACCAAGAGAUGGCGCUGUUAAGGAAUGGCAGCAUGAAGGUCUAGCCCUCCUGAGCAGACACCAAAUCCUCAAGUCUCAGAAGCAGGACCUGUCCCACCACUCAAGGACAGACAAGGUCAAAAGAAAGGUCCUUCAUGUCACCUUGAUGGUCAGUGGGUAUGAGGUUGUUGUCUCUGUGGUCCACUUUUCUUAUGACAAAUGGCAACAGUGCAACAAUGUGGCUGAGGUCAUGGAAUAUAUCAGAGAUGUGAAGCCCAAGUACUCCAUCCUCCUUGGUGAUUUUAACACCUACAAUGAUUACGAAGGUCCCCUGGAGGGGCUGCACAUGGGCUACUUUUCCUCGCAGAAUAAGUGCCCCAAGUAUGCCAAAUCCAAGAACCCAACGGUGGAGUCUGAACUCACAGCUUACGAUGAUGCCUGGAAGGUCAUGCACUAUGGGGACAAUGGUUUCACUUUCAGUAAUAUGCCAUCGCCGGGCUUUCUUAGCAGGCCAGACAGAAUUCUUGCCAGUAAUCGCUUCUUUAGAGUCAUCUCUGCAGACAUCAAAGGCUAUGGCAACAUCUAUGCAGAGAAAUAUCAAAGAUACAUAACUUUUGCCAGAAGGAAAGCUAUAAUAGAGGCAGGCAGGCGGACAUAUUCUGGAGAGCCUGGAGGAGAUUGCUUGCAUGAUUGUGGGCCAAAUGGUGUGUGCCAGUGUGGUGUGUGUGUUAGGGGCAGAGACAGGGAACCAUGUUCAGUUCCACACUGUACGGCAUGCAGUGCAGACUUAUACAGACGCUAUUGUAUUUUGAGGAUCAUUUUUGGAGCUUUUACCUUACAACUCUUUGUUGGUUUAAUCCAGACAGUACUUGCCAUAACUCAAAGUGGCACUGUGCAUAGACAUAAAUCUUUUGCACGCCUUUGCCAAGUUCCCCUCAUUGUUGCCCCGUCAUGGAGACACGUGCGCCACUUCCAUUUGGCCUCAUCGAUACGUACCAUCUUGAGUUCAUGUCGUAACCUAGCUCUCGUCAAUCUCUCAAUCAGCCUUCUAGGGAUGUUUUCUCUUGUGAUGUUGUCACAGUCCUGGUUUAAAGAACCUUUGCAGCUCUUGGAAAGUCCACUUCUAGAAGAGUUCAAUCCAUCUGAUCACCUUUUGGUCAUUGCAGAAUUGAGAUUUCUCUAGGGAGUAUUAAUCAUAGAUUUUAUAUAUUCCAUUCUUUCAAAUGAAGUUUUCAGGUGUUAUCUAUUUUCGUGUAAUAGAUCAGAGAGAUGGAUGUUUAAAUUAGUGAUAUAUCUCUCAUAUGUAUUAUUUGAUAGGAAGUUGUAAAUGGGGUCACAAAAGCCAAUACAUCAAAAGAAGGAAUCAUGAUUUAAUAAUAGUCAUGUAAACCCAAACUGUCAUAAAAUUGUAUGCCUCUCUGAAACUGCCUUAGUGAAUCUAACUAUUUUCUUUUCUUUCUUUACUGUUCGCUUUUUGUAAUAAAAAAGAUAUUUUGCCAAUAUUCUAUAUCAUUUCUGGUGCUAUAUAUCAAAUAUAUGUUGUGCUUGCCUUGAAUAUUAAUUUCCUUGCAUAUUAACCACUUUUGUAUCGUUGAGAAGGUCUUUUGUGUAUAGACAAUAGUCUUUCUCUUGAUGUAGGAACACUUUAGCUUUAAAAUCAUUUGGUAAUUGAUCUGUUCAGCCAUCUUGCUUAUUAGUUUAUGAAUUAUGUUAUUCCUUGUCAAAAUUAGUUGGACCCUUUGUGUCACCUUGCUUGAUCGUGUGUCUUGUUUAUUAAUGUAACAUUUGAAAUUUAAUGAAUGAUUAAAACCAACCACUCCUUGUAAUGGAACUACAUGUACAAUUUUAAAAUGGCAUCAAAUAGAACUGUCUUUCUUCUUACAUCACUUAUGCAGAUAUAUUUUAGCUAUUGCAUUUUGGUAUACUUCCUGUUUAAGACAUAAAUGGACAUUAAAACUUGUUUAUAGACGAUAGUCUUUCUCUUGAUGUAGGAACACUUUAGCUUUAAAAUCAUUAAAAUCAAAGAGAAGUGCAAAUUAUAUUAGUAUAUAUAUACACAUACACUGUGUUUGAAUGAUAUUAGAUACAUGAAAAUGGUAUACUGUGUGGCUUUUCAGGAAAUGCAAUUGAAAUUAUUACAAACUCGGCUGUAAGAAUGAGUACAAUUUCUUUGGUAAGUGUGUUAAUGUUUUGUGAUUCAAGAUAUUUAUUUAUUAGAAAGUAUAUAAUACACAUUUUCAAUUCUGCAUGUUAUUGUGUCCUAUGUAUUAUCCUAUUUAUAGACAAUUCUAUCCUGUAUAUGUACUGAAAUUGAACCCAUUUUAGCUGAUAUUUAUUAUACAUUCCAGAAGUUUGAACGAGGUUUGUCUUUCCAUGCAAAAAAAUAACAAAUCAAAAUAAUAAAAGAUUCUAUUUCUUGGUACAUAAAGAUCCCUUUUUGUCUGUCUUAUCAUAUGGAAUUCUUAUUAAAGUAAAGGGAGUAUUUAGGUACUUUAGUAACUUUAUGGCAAAGGAAUACUAGCAGAGCAUUUUUUAAUGUUUUGUUUAGCUGGUCAAGUUUGACUGUAAAUGCUGGAUCUGUCAUGUUGUGAAGCAAAGAGAAGUUUGCAAAAAAUAAUUUAAUUUUAAUCAAUUUCUAUUGUUUUAAUCUUGAGAAUGACCCAUUUCUUUCAGUUGUGUCAAUGUGUAAUAAUAUCUUUACAUGGGUGCAAGAUAUAUUUUUGUUGUUUGAUAUACACAUAUUUAUGAAUAUAUAAUCUAUGUAUUUGUGCCUUUAGAAAAUUUUAUGUCUGUUACCCAUUUAUUGAUCUUUUAUCAUACUGCUACCUCAAUUUCAAAACAUUUACACUUUUAAAUGCCAUAUUUUCAUCUAUUUUUGAUGAAAAAGAUAAAUUAGUCCCAUGCUUAUUUGAUUUAUCCAACAUGUUAAAUUCAAUUUCAUUUUAAAGUCAACCUGACAAUGAGUUUUCCCCUGUUUUUUUUUUAAAUGAGUAAAAUGAUUUAUCACAUCCCACUCAUAAGAUAUUUAUUUUGUUACAUUUAAAUCUUAUACUAAUAAGACUUUAGGGGCAAGUGAUUGCUUGAAUUUUCAUACUAAUUACAAAUAAUUCCAGGAUGAUUGUUAAAAACAAGUGUGUAUUCUAUGUCUUUUGUAGCUUUUUUCCAUUUUCGAUAUAAUACGAUUUUUCCUAUUUCAUGUGCCUCGCUUUUUGUGUUUGAGGAUUUACUGAUUACUUCUGAUUACUUAUUUUGAGUUAUCAAAGUGUAACUGUUGAGGAAUGACUGUUUUUGUUUCAUUUAAAGCCUUUGAGAAUUGUUUUUUUAUUAUGACGUUACCUUUACUCUUAUUUCUUCAUGUAAUUAUGGGUUAAACAUACUUAAUUAUAAAACCUUGAAUUUCAUUCAGGAAAGGAAGUGCAUUUCUUUUUCAAUUUGACAUGACUGUACUAAAUGUUAUACAAAAUAACAUCUGACUAAUUAAUGAAUAUGCAAUCUCCAGGAAAAUUCGAAAUGUAUUUGAGUUUUUGAAAAUGUUAUUCACCCAAGAAAUGUGUUUCUCAGGAGGUUUAUCCUGGAUUGAUUAUGAAAAAUUAUGUUGGAUUUUAAAAUGGGGAACAGUUCUAUUGAAUAUUUAAAAAUCUGAUGUUUGCUGCAUUUUCCUUUCAAAUAUUUCCUUUCAAACAAUGGAAUUCAUUAAAUGAAGAGUAGAAACCUA